UGGUGUAGAAAAAAGCUACAACACUCGUCCAAACCACAGUACCGGCAAAAAAUGACCUGGCUAACGCAAGUCACAUUAGCACUCACCCUCCUCCUCACCCUUACUAGGGCGGAGGGGUACGAGCAGUACCAGGGCGGCUGGGACUCCGCUGGGGGUCAGCAGCACGACCUCUCGCACACCGUGCAAGUGACCAAACACGUGCCCGUGCCAGUUUACAGGCACGAAACCGUGCCGGUGCCGCACGCCGUGCCCGUACCAGUACCCAAACCAGUGGCGGUGCCAGUGCCGCAACCGUACCCGGUGCACAUCAAGGUGCCCCAACCCGUAGCUGUGCCAGUGAUCAAGACCAUCACCAUACCAGUGGAGAAGCCGGUGCCUUACAAGGUGGAGAAGGAGGUGCACUAUCAUGUGGAGAAGCCAGUGCCAGUGCCAGUUGAAAAGCACGUGCCAGUGAGGAUAACCAGGCCGGUACCAGUCAAAGUGCCCGUCUAUAAAGUGGUGUACCACCACGAGAAGAGUGGCGGGGGGCACUAUUAGAGGUUGCUAGGGCAACACUGACACAGCAUACCUCAUUUCUUGUUGUUAUUUAGUUUGUAAUGUUAAUAUAUUAUGUUUUUUAUAAAUUU